UUCUGCAGGCUGUCUGAUGAUACAAAUCGUGCACAUUUGAUCUCUCAGUGAGCAACGCCAUUGAAGCUCACUAACGCACAAUGGCGCCAGAGCUACCUAGCCCCAACCGUCGCCACCUUCGUAAUACGUUGAGCGAAGAUCUGGCCAAUCUGCAUCUCGGUAAUAUUCCAAAAGUCGUUGUUGGCGACGAAUCCAAUCCUGCACUCGACGCUAUUCAUGGUAAUCGGGGGCUCGAUAGCGUUCCCAAAGAACGUCCAACUGCACCGAGCGAACAAACGAGUGUAGGAAACGGGAACCCACCAAUCGGCUCGACAGACCAAGCCCAGAUUAUCAGCAGCCCAUACACUGGGGUACCCCUGGAUGAGCUUCUCCGAAGUCAUUUUCAGCCACAUCCUCACCCUGAAGUGACAGAAGGUUAUCUCCCGGCUGGAUACUUGAACGAAUUGGUCCGUUUCGAUGUCGUAAAGCAAGAACUUGAAGAAGCUUUCGGCGACGACAGUGAUAUAGACUGGAUCGCACACAAGGUAUGCGACAGCUCCUCACAGAGCAGGUCCUAUGGACAGGUGUUUGCGAUCCUUUGUCUGAUCGAGAGAGUAAGCUCUGUCGAGAAGUUUUUAGACCCUACCACGGGAGUCUGUGAUUCAGACUUGCCUCUUCAAAAAGCCGAGUUGGGACAAAAAGCAAGGUUGACCUACGGAAACGGGCAGAUCUAGACAAGCCCAUGGGGUGUUUCCGAGGGUGGAAGCAUAACUCACUGAAGUCGUUCGAUGACUUGCAAUGGACACUAAGGGUUCCCUUUCUCAAAGGCAUUCGCGGUAGCGAGGCUCAGUAUCGCAAGUUCGAUGAUCGAGUCAUCCUUCCUCUGACGUACGAAUCCGACCCCAAUGGGGAUGGAGCAAGUGGAGGGUUCAGUGAAGUCUUCAAGGUUAUGUUACAUCUCCGACAUCA